AUGGAUGACGACUUAUUCGCCUACCAAGUCGACGGUAUUCAGCGCAAAAACUUCCGCUUAACUAGGCCCAUCAACAAUCUAGCCCAGCGAAUAGGAGAAACAGGAGACAUCACCCAUGAAAUCAAGAAAUUCGUCAAUCAACUUUAUGACAGCAUCACUGAUUUAGUCGACAUUUGCGCCGAAUACAUCGACUCAAACAUCCCGCAUGAUCCGAAUAUCAGUGAAAAGAUUGCCUUUGAUACUUGGCGUACUUUCUUUCGCCCUAUUGAGGCGCUUCGUCAAAUCCCUUCGUGUGGAGAAUAUGUUGCGGCACGAAUGUAUCUCUGUGUUGGAUGGGGUUUCUGCCAGGCUCCAGUCACACUUGGUUUCGACCGCAAUGACCUGGCCAGAGAAACAAACCCGUUGUACGAGUUCAUCGCUGAUCUUGAUGAUUUCCUCCUAGAGCCCUUGAAGGAGAUCUGGACGCUCAGUGCAAAUCGCGAGCGUUUCGACUGGGUGUACACGGAUUUUGACUGCCCAUCUUUCCGUGCGACGGUUGGAGCGCUUUCACCACAAGAACAAAAAGACCUUGGCGGUAUCCGACCAAAGGAACACUGGUACAACGACCCAACAGAGUCUGGAGAAUGGUUUCUUUACACAGGAAAGAUGCCACGAUGGGACUGUGACGAGCGAGACUACUAUGAUUGCAAUUGGGAGUGGGAGGGUUCUGACGGCCCCAUCUGUGCAUGGCUAGACUUUCUGAUCGAUAGUGAUCCUCCCCGGCGCCUCGGGCAUGGGGUAGAUAUCUUUCGCAGAUCACGCCAAUUCUGUCUGGAUGCCAAGCAAAAGUCUGAGGCACAUAUCGGACGACAACAACAUCAGGCUUUCCACAAGGUCACUCGUCACCGUCUCCCUGCCGAAUUGCGGAAUCAAAUCCUAGGUUACAUCGAAUAUCGCGACCCAUUUCCUUACCUAGAGAAACUUGACCUCGUAGAGGCCUAUGCCCCCUUCCCCAAAGUCGGCGGAAGCUGCACCCAAUGCGAUAACAGCAAAGAACAAACAGCUGCAAAAAGAACCUGUCCCCAGAAAGCCAUGCACGUAUGGAAUAUGGCCCUGCGCCGGUUUCACACCUUCCACAAGAUCAGCUGCGAAACCUGGUCACUUUGCUCCCACCACGACUGCAAAGGACACCACGACGACUACAGCUGGAAAGUCGACAGAGAUCCUGGCUUCACGGCAUAUCUAGAAUCUCAAGCUGCACGGGGUAAUGAUGGAUUUGUUUCCCUGGACCAAGUUGGCUUCGGGCCUAUGAACCCCAUCCUAGUAGACCCAGUAGAAGACUGGAUACGACACGACGCGCUAUUCAGAGGCAGCGGUAUCUAUAGGGGUUCGCGCGAGGAUGCACUCAUGAUCGGAGGUCUGGGGGGAUUGAAGGAUGCCAUGAUCCAUGGACGAACUUUGGUAAAUGGGUGGGAGGGGGAUGACGGGCUAUCGUAUAACGGCGAGGAGGAGGGCGUCUCGAGUGAGUCACACGCAUGGUGGCACUACGGACGGAAUUUAUUCUCUGAGAAGGUCGCCAAGGGGGUUAUGAGAGAGUUACACUCGGAAACUGACUGUGAGUGGUGUGUCGACGUGACGAACGUAUUUGAUUUGAUCAUGUAG